GAUCGGCGCGCAUCCUUAUUUUGUCGGCCAUGUUACACGCCUUCAAUUCGAUCGAUUGGUCGAUGGCUCGAAGCAGUCAUCUUGGUCGUUGUCAUAUUCAUGUCGGAGUGAUUCUCGAUAUGGAUUCGCCGGUUGGGGAGAUGGCCCAACAAUGCAUGACCAUGGCCAUCUCUGACUCAAAGCUCUAUUUUCAGGUGAGUUCCGGUCGAUUCUCCAUCUCUGUUCUCUUCACGCUCACGCACUCAAGCCACACAAUGUGGAGUAAAAGGAAAUUACGUUGUACACUCAAUCCGCCACUGAAUAUAACCAAUCACUGUGCCGAAAAAUAUGAUGAGGUUCGCAAUCACAUAUUAGUAUGUAAGAAGGUGACUCAGGCUGCGGAGCUUUUGGAGAAUGAACAAGUCGACGCACUGAUAGGCCCACAAACAUCUGAAGAAGCCGAGUUUCUGGCGGAAUUGGGAGAUAGAGUGCCUAUCAUCUCCUUCUCUGCUAGUAGCCCUUUCUUGUCCACAGAUAAAAAUCCGAACUUCAUCCGCAUGACAACUAAUGACAACGCCCAGGUCGUACCCAUUGCUGCUCCAGUUCAAGAAUUCGGGUGGAGUGAAUUGGUUAUAAUACAUGAGGACAGUUCCUAUGGAAACGGAAUCAUACCUGAUCUUCUUCUCGCAUUAGAAGAAGCCAAUGCUCGUGUAGUGCAUCGAACUGUCAUUCCACCCCAAGCCAGGGAUAUAUAUGUCGAAGUCCAACUCUAUAAACUGAUGGCUCUGUCUGCCAAUAUAUUCAUUAUCCACAUGUCUGCUUCCCUCGCAUCUCGCUUUUUCUUGAAGGUUAAUGAGUUGGGAACGAUGAGUGCAGGCUACGGUUGGAUUGUGACUGAUGGGAUAGUAAACAAGCUGGCCGUGAUGGAUCAGUCGGCUUUAGACUCGAUGCAAGGAGUCAUAGGAAUUAGACCUUAUAUUCCACCCUCAAAGCGGCUUCACAACUUCUCGCUGAAGUGGAGGAACAGCUUUUCCACAAACCAGCAUCAUCAAAUUCCCGAAGUAAAUGCAUACUGCUUAUAUUCAAUCACCCUCUGUGAGAGAGAUGGGCUCUAUUGGAUGGCCUGGAUCAUCCUUGGCUAUACCAAAGUUCAACGGAUUAUACCAAAGGCUGAUAAGAGAUUGAGAAUUGGAGUUCCAAUUAAAGUAGGUUUUAAAGAAUUAGUGGGAAUGGAACUUGAUCCUGUGACAAAUGCGACAAUGGUAACGGGCUUUUGCAUAGAUGUGUUCAAGGCUGCAAUUGAUAUGUUGCCCUAUGAAGUAAAAUUUGACUUCAUCCCAUUUACAAAUUCAAACAUAUUGAUGGCUGCAAGCUAUUAUGACGAUCUGAUAUAUCAAGUUUAUCGUCAGCAAUAUGAUGCAGCGGUGGGUGAUAUAACCAUCAUAGCAAACAGAUCGUUGUAUGUAGACUUCACAAUCCCUUUCACAGAAACUGGAGUAGCAAUGAUUGUGCCUAUUGAGACGUCACGAAGCACAAACAUGUGGAUAUUUAUCCAGCCUCUCACAGUGGAGCUAUGGUUAGUCAUAGGCACUUUCUUUGUCUUCACUGGAUGUGUAUUGUGGACAAUUGAGCACAAUGACAAUGAUGAAUUCAAGGGACCAUUAGCUCAACAAAUUGGGAUAGCGAUAUGGUAUUCGUUCUCGACACUAGUUUUUGCACAAAGGGAAAAAUUAAUCAGCAAUUUGUCCAAAGAGGUGGUGAUCGUUUGGCUGUUUGUAGUUCUAAUAUUAACUUCCAGUUACACUGCAAACCUGAGCUCAAUGCUUACAGUUCAUCAGCUACAGUCCAUGCCCAAAGAUGAAUCUAUCGGUUUCCCUUUCAACAGUCCAGCUGACCAGACAUUUCUGAUCAAUCUACCCUUCAGAAAGCACUCUUUUUACCCUUUGAAAAAGGCUGAAGAUUAUGCGAAUGCUCUGAGAGAUGGAAGCCAAAAAGGUGGUGUCUCAGCAAUUAUUGAUGAAAUUCCUUAUGUAAAGCUUUUUCUUUCCAAGUACUCUGCUCAGUACACCAUGGUUGAACCCUCACACUACAGUACCAAAGGAUUUGGCUUUGCUUUUCCUAAGGGGUCACCUUUAGUCCCUGACAUUUCUGCAGCAAUAGCAAAAAUGAGAGAAGAGGGAACACUCUACUUGAUAAGCCAAAAUUGGUUUCAAAAUCAUUCUUUAUACACAAAUCAAGAUUCGGAAACAAAAGUUGCCAGACUUGACUUAUACAGCUUCCGGGGUCUCUUCCUUAUCACGGGCAUCACUUCAUCUGUAGCUGCGAUAGCAUCCUGUAAAUAUAUGAAGAAAGAAUCAACAACUUCACAUCAACACGUGGUUGCUGAUAAACCUGUUGAAGAGAAGUUCUCACCAGUUAGUGAUAUCCCAUCAAGAAGAACCAAUUUGAAACAUGUCAGAAGAUAUUCCUAUUGAAUGGGAAAAAUGUGCGAGGUCAACAGCCGAUGUAGAUACCAACCAAUAUCAUGGUGCUUAUAUGUGGCAACAU